AUGGGGCUGACAGCGGAUCUUGAAAGUCUGGGAGCGGACGUCGCCACGCUGUCCCGAAUUCUGGCAUUACAACUUGCAGCAACCGGGAGUCCAAAGCCAACACUGGCCGCUAACGGGGCCCCGGCAUUUCCUCUCGAUCGUCGAGUGCAGGAACCACGCUUGGAGCUCAUUGAAAAGGCGACCGAUCUCCUGCAUCUCGCCACAGGUGCCAACGACUAUUGGUACUUCCAGGCUGGGCUCUACCUGAAUUACGAUGCGUCGAUCGUAGACGUGCUGAACCAAUUCGAUUUCUUCUCGAAAGUGCCGCUGUGCGGCAGCACGAGCUACACGGAGCUCUCGUCUGCUACCGCACUGCCGGAGAACCUUAUCGUCCGUAUCCUGCAGUAUGCUUUCACCAUGCGGAUCUUCGCUCCCGAACACGGCGAGAGUGACCGCGUGGUCCACACGGCCUUCUCGGCACACAUGCAGCGGACGCCUGCACUGCGUAGCUGGAUCGGUCAUGCUCUCGAGGAAGGCAGACCGGCGGCAGUUCACCUUGCAGAAGCUCUAAAGGAAUUUCAUGUGGGUAAGGAUAAGCCAGUGGAGAAUCUGGACGAGACGCCUUUCUCGCUAGCAUGGCCACACUUGAAGAAUGGCAAUCGUGCGACCUUUUACAGCAUUGGAGUAGACGACCCAAAGGAUGCCUGGCGAGCGACCAGAUUCGCGGAAGCUGCACGUGAGACCAUGAUGAGUGACGUGGAGGGCAUUGAGAAUGUGGUCGAGGCUUUCCACUGGGAUGGCCUUGGUAAUGCCUUGGUCGUCGAUGUUGGCGGAGGGGACGGUUCUUUGGCGGCUAUGCUGGCCAGGAAACAUCCGAAGCUUGAGCUGAAGGUGCAAGACCUGGCAGGCAUUGAAGACACUUUCAAAGUCGUACGUUCGAGCGAUGUAGCAGGUCGAGUCUCCUUUGAAGCCCAGGACUUCUUCGAUGCACAGCCGCGCCAAGCGGACGUGUUUCUUCUGACCAGAGUGCUCCACAACUGGGCGGACACCCACGCCGUUCGCAUAUUGAGACACUUGGCCAACGCGCUGCAGCCCGGGGGGCGAAUCAUCAUAUGCGAUAAUGCCAUACCUGGGGCAGCCGAUGCAAACGCACCGCCUCUCAGCGUAAGGAAAGGUGUGGCAGGCGCUGAUCUUCAUAUGUUCACCAUGCUCAACGCCAAAGAACGGACGGUGGAGGACUGGGAGCGUCUGGUGCAGGCUGUCGAUCGGCGGCUGGUGAUCGCCAAAGUGCAUCUCGCCCCCGUGCCAGGGGCCAUGAAGAGCUUGAUAGAGGUGAAGCACGCUUACACGCAACACGUAGACGGAAACACUGCCGGGGUCUAA